GGAGGGAAGCCGUGAAGGGGGAGGGAGGACUCGGUGUCAAUUUUGUGUGUGUGUGUGUGCGCGUGUGUGCGCGCGCGUGUGUGUGGCCGCGGCCGGAGCCUGUGGCGGGCGGGCGGCGAGCGGGGAAGACCCCGGCGCGGGCAGAGCCAUGGAUGGCCCGGCGCGGGGCCAUGGACUCCGCAGAAAGCGGCGGUCGCGAUCGCAGCGAGACCGGGAGAGGCGCUCCCGGGGCGGGCUCGGGGCAGGCGCGGCGGGCGGCGGCGGGGCCGGCCGGACCCGGGCGCCCUCGCUCGCCUCGUCGUCGGGCUCCGACAAGGAAGACAAUGGGAAGCCCCCGUCCUCCGCCCCGUCCCGGCCCAGACCCCCGCGGAGGAAGCGGAGAGAGUCCACGUCGGCCGAAGAGGACAUCAUUGAUGGAUUUGCCAUGACCAGCUUUGUCACUUUUGAAGCGCUGGAGAAAGAUGUAGCACUUAAGCCUCAGGAACGCGUGGAGAAACGCCAGACUCCCCUGACCAAGAAGAAACGAGAAGCACUUACCAAUGGCUUGUCCUUUCACUCCAAGAAGAGCAGACUGAGCCACCCUCACCACUACAGCUCGGAUCGGGAGAAUGACGGCAACCUCUGCCAGCACCUCGGGAAGAGAAAGAGAACACCCAAGGGACUCAGGCAGCUCAAACCAGGGCAGAACAGCUGCAGAGACAGUGACAGCGAAAGUGCCAGCGGAGAAUCCAAGGGCUUCCACCGGAGCAGCUCACGGGAAAGGCUCAGUGAGAGUUCAGCUCCUUCCAGCUUGGGAACAGGCUACUUCUGUGACAGCGACAGUGACCAGGAAGAGAAGGCUUCGGAUGCCAGCUCUGAAAAACUCUUCAACACCGUUCUCGUAAACAAAGAUCCGGACCUGGGCAUCGGCCCCCUCCCUGACCAUGACAGCCAGGAUGCCGGGCCCAUUGUCCCCAAGAUAUCGGGUCUAGAGAGAAGCCAGGAGAAGAGCCAGGACUGCUGCAAAGAGCCUAUCUUUGAGCCCGUGGUGCUUAAAGACCCCUGUGCUCAGGGCCCACAGCCACCGCUACCCCAGCCCCAGGCCGAGCCUCAACGCCCAGCUCCUUCUCCAGACUCCAGCGUGGUGCAGCGUCCCGAGGCUCCUCCCCAACCCCCGCCUCCAAGCACACAGCCACCACCAGGCCCCCCAGAGGCCCAGCUGCAGCCUGCCCCACAGCCUCAGGUGCAAAGGCCGCCCAGGCCCCAAUCCCCGGCCCAGCUGCUCCACCAGAACCUCCCGCCUGUGCAGGCCCACCCUUCAUCCCAGAGCCUUCCCCAGCCACUGUCAGCCUACAACAGCAGCAGCCUGAGCCUCAACAGUUUAAGCAGCAGCAGAAGCAGCACCCCAGCAAAGACACAAACCGCCCCUCCACACAUCUCCCAUCAUCCCUCCGCUUCCCCCUUUCCCCUCUCCCUGCCCAACCACAGCCCCCUGCACAGCUUCACUCCCACCCUCCAGCCCCCCGCACACUCACAUCACCCCAAUAUGUUUGCCCCUCCCACUGCUCUGCCUCCUCCGCCACCACUGACUUCAGGGAGUCUGCAGGUCCCCGGACACCCGGCCGGCAGUACUUACUCAGAGCAAGACAUCUUACGACAGGAACUGAACACGCGUUUUUUGGCCUCUCAGAGUGCUGACCGCGGGGCUUCCCUGGGCCCCCCGCCAUACCUGCGCACCGAGUUCCACCAGCACCAGCACCAACACCAACACACGCACCAGCACACGCACCAGCACACCUUCACGCCCUUCCCCCACGCCAUCCCGCCCACCGCCAUCAUGCCGACGCCAGCACCUCCCAUGUUUGACAAAUACCCUACAAAAGUUGACCCAUUCUACCGGCACAGUCUCUUCCAUUCCUAUCCUCCUGCAGUAUCGGGCAUACCCCCUAUGAUCCCACCCACUGGCCCUUUUGGUUCACUCCAAGGAGCAUUUCAGCCUAAGACAUCCAACCCUAUUGAUGUCGCUGCUCGGCCAGGGACAGUGCCACACACCUUACUCCAAAAGGACCCAAGGUUGACAGAUCCUUUCAGACCUAUGUUAAGGAAACCAGGGAAGUGGUGCGCCAUGCAUGUUCACAUCGCCUGGCAGAUUUACCACCACCAACAGAAAGUCAAGAAACAGAUGCAAUCCGACCCACAUAAACUGGACUUUGGACUGAAACCGGAGUUCCUGAGCCGCCCUCCAGGCCCCAGUCUCUUUGGAGCCAUCCACCACCCCCAUGACCUGGCUCGGCCUUCGACUUUAUUCUCUGCUGCCGGUGCUGCACAUCCAACCGGGACCCCUUUUGGGCCACCGCCUCAUCAUAGCAACUUCCUCAACCCUGCCGCACACCUUGAGCCUUUCAAUCGGCCGUCCACGUUCACCGGCCUAGCAGCGGUUGGCGGCAAUGCCUUCGGGGGACUUGGCAACCCUUCAGUUACACCCAACUCAAUGUUCGGCCACAAGGAUGGCCCCAGUGCGCAGAGCUUUAGCAACCCUCACGAGCCCUGGAACCGGCUGCACCGAGCGCCUCCGUCGUUCCCGACCCCUCCGCCCUGGCUGAAGCCGGGGGAGCUGGAACGCAGCGCGUCCGCUGCAGCUCAUGACAGAGAUAGAGAUGUAGAUAAACGGGACUCGUCUCUUAGUAAAGAUGACAAAGAAAGGGAAAGCGUUGAGAAAAGACACUCCAGCCACCCCUCACCAGCACCUCUCCUCCCGGUGAACGCCCUGGGACACAACCGCAGCUCCGCCGAACACAUCCGGGGUCACCUGAACACCGAGGCUCGCGAGAAAGACAAACCCAAAGAGAGGGAGAGAGACCACCCGGAAUCCCGCAAGGACCUGGCCGCCGCCGAUGAGCACAAGGCCAAGGAGGGCCACCUGCCCGACAAGGACGGGCACGGCCACGAGGGGCGUGCCGUGGGCGAAGAGGCCAAGCAGCUGGCCCGGGUGCCAUCGCCCUACGUGCGGGCCCCGGUGGUGGAGAGCACCAGGCCCAACAGCACCUCAAGCCGGGAGGCCGAGCCGCGCAAGAGCGAGCCGGCCUACGAGAACCCCAAGAAGGGCUCGGAGGUCAAGGUUAAGGAGGAGCGCAAGGAAGACCACGACCUGGCGCCCGAGGCUCCGCAGACCCACCGGUCCUCAGAGCCGCCCCCGCCUAGCUCUUCGGCCAGUGUGCACCCAGGGCCCCUGGCCACGAUGCCCAUGACCGUCGGUGUGGCGGGCAUCCACCCAAUGAACAGCAUCAGCAGCCUGGACAGGACUCGCAUGAUGACCCCCUUCAUGGGCAUCAGCCCCAUCCCCGGGGGAGAGCGCUUCCCGUACCCUUCCUUCCACUGGGAUCCCAUCCGGGACCCCCUGAGGGAUCCUUACCGAGAACUGGACAUCCACCGGAGGGACCCCCUGGGCAGGGACUUCCUGCUGAGGAACGACCCUCUGCACCGGCUCUCGGCCCCACGGCUCUACGAAGCCGACCGCUCCUUCCGGGACCGAGAACCCCACGAUUAUAACCAUCACCACCAUCACCACCACCACCCGCUGUCCGUGGACCCGCGGCGGGAACACGAGCGGGGCAGCCACCUGGACGAGCGUGAGCGCCUGCACAUGCUUCGCGAAGACUACGAGCACACGCGGCUGCACUCGGUGCACCCCGCCUCGCUGGACGGACACCUGCCCCAUCCAGGCCUCCUCACGCCGGGGCUGCCCAGCAUGCACUACCCGCGCAUCAGCCCCACGGCGGGCCACCAGAACGGACUGCUCAACAAGACGCCGCCCACCGCGGCGCUGAGCGCGCCUCCGCCGCUCAUCUCCACGCUCGGGGGCCGCCCGGGGUCCCCACGGAGGACUACGCCCCUGUCGGCCGAGAUCCGCGACAGACCCCCUUCCCACACCCUCAAGGACAUCGAAGCGCGAUAAAGGGGGUGGGGCGGGGCGAAGCCACGCGCGGGACUCUGCAGAGGCGCGCGCGCCCUUGAACUCCCGCAUCCCUGGCACGGACGAGGACAUGGAGCCGCGGC